GUUACGACACUAUAGCGAGCGGCCAGUUAGCCAGCCGCCGAUUAGACGUGGUGAACACGACGAGUGAUGACGAGGUCUAAUCGGCUACGUAUAAAUGUACCUCGAUCUCAGAGUUGAUUCUAAUCAUUCCGUAUCGAGCGUAAACGCCUUUCGCGCUCGAUAAUUCCAUUGGACCUCAUUGGGGAUUUCAGAUAACGCCGAUGCGAGGGACUGCGUCCUGGCCGGCCGGGUAGGCGCGAGAUACGGCAAGCUAAUAGGAGAUAUUAGGCCGCCGGAGAUGCUGCUGCGGGUGUACUCGUUGUGCAUCCUGGCGCUGGACCUGGUGACACUCCUCGUCGGGGUGUGCUGCACGAUCCUGAUCGCUGUCUACAGAAUGUUCAGACCGCCGCCGUUGAAGAGUCUCAGCUAUGAAGUGGCGAUGGUCGUAGGCGCCGGACGUGGGAUAGGUAAGGAGCUUGCUCUGCAGCUGUGCCAAUUCGGCGUCGUGGUCGCUUGUGUGGACAUCAAUGCGGAAACCUGCGCUGCCACCGUGCAACGUGGCCAGCAGUUGCACGGAGUGUGCAGGAGCUACCAGUGCGACGUGAGAAAUAAAGAUGCGGUUGCCCAAAUUGUGAAUCUUAUUAAGAUCGAGUUGGGAAACAUUACAAUGCUUUUCCACUGUUGCGGCUUACCCAGCCCACGUGCGUUAAUACAAGAAUCGGAAGUACGAGACACCAUGGACGUGUCGGUCAUCAGUCACUUUUGGCUGUUGGAUUCAGUUUUGCCGUGUAUGCGACAAGCUGGUAAAGGACACGUCACAAUCCUGUCCUCCGUCGCUGGUCUCUCCAACGGGUCGAGCGGUCGAGGAACCCGGGUGCCCUUGUCCACCGCGCAAUUCGCGGUCCAGGGGCUGGCAGAAUCCUUGCACAUGGAAUUAAGACACUCAAACAGCAACAUCAUCGUUUCAUUGGUUCACGUUUAUCCAUUUAUCGUCGGGACGGAAGUCGCGAAAGAUAUACGUUUUAGAAUACCUAGUUACUUUGGUACAAUGCCGGCCGCAGAAGCCGCUAGACAAAUCUUAGACGGCGUCCGCCGAAACUAUGCGGAGUUCAGUGUACCGGGAUAUCUGCUUUAUCUCGGGCAUGUACUUAGAAUUCUUCCAAAAAAGGCAUCCUUUAUGUUACGUGAUUUACUAGAUACCGGAGUUGACUUUGCAUAAUGUUGACCUUGCGUAAAUAUAUCUUACAAUUAUAGAUAUAUUAUUAUAAUAAUUAUAGAUAUAUUUUAUUACCUAUUGUAUGUGCAAAUCGCACAAAGAUGGCAUUGAAAUAUUCUCAAGGUGUGAUGGUUUCAUUUUUUAACGGGUUAUCAUCGAUCUUAAAAUUCUUGCUGCAUAAUUUCUCGGCAAGCAUAUAUUUCCAGUUGAUAUUCUUUUUUAUAUUCAUGUAAAAUUAUUUUCUAUAAUGUAUAUUUUACUUACUUCUUAAGAGAAAGAAUGCAACAAAUGUGAGAAUUUAUGUAACAAAAAUAUUUUAUUACUUUUUUAUACACUUGCAGAUUAUAUACGUUUGUCACGAAAAGAAUUGUUUGUUACUUUCAUAUGAUAGUAUGACGUGUAAGUGCACUCGAGUUUACACAUAUACGUUGUCCUUUUUGAACUUAAGCACAAUUACUUUAACUUUUAAUGUAUAUUUGACACAUACAUAUAUGUAAUGUUGAUUGUAAAAACUGAUUUGUAAUUUAGUCUUUAUGCACCAACAGCAAUACAUAUGUGCAAUAUUGAGACUGAUUUGCGAUUUAAUUUCUAUACAUGAAAUUAAUUAUAAUAUAAUUAUAAUACAUUAUGUAUUAUAAUAUAUAAUUAUAAAAUAAUGUAUUCCGUUAUUCCAAUUAAUGAUUACAUUAUAUUGUUGUGAUAUCCACAAUGCAGUAAUUUUUAAACAGAUACGUAUUAUAAAACAAAGUUGUUUAGUUUAUAAUACAUGAGCGAGCAGGCAAGAAAGAAAUGCAAAUCGAAAUGAUCGUUCGAGAGCGCACUUAUAUAAAAUUUAAAAAAAGGCAUGCAUAUUAAAUAUAAAUAAAAAAAUUUUCUGUCAAAUAA